UUUGACAGUAAAAAAAAUCUAAUUUGAAUCUUUGUCAGGCAGAGCGUCGUCUUUUCCCUUUUUACUUUUUCAUAUUCGUAGGAACUAUUCAUAGGAGUGUCCAUCAUAAAGUAAAUAACGUUUUGAACAAUCGUUUAUAACUUUCUUUCAAAAUGGCGGAAUUGGUUCAGGAACAGCAAGUAAAAAAAGUGCAAAGGCUUCUUGAAGGUUGGCGCAUGGCUCUUUUGCCCUUAAAAUCUGUACUAUUAUGGGAACAGCAAUGGCAUCCUUGCGCUAUACUUGCCUCGGUGUCUAUUUUAUUUUUUUCAAUCUGGCUUAUGGACCUCAGCACCCUAGCGACAUUUUCAGUUUUUGGUCUGAUAUUAAAUUUUGUUGACUUCAUUGUUCCAAUAAUAUCUAAUACUAUUUGUGGUCCAAAUUCUUGGACAGGGCAAAAGGAAAAAGUAUUCGAAGAAAUUUGUAGAAGCAUUGUAAUACAUUAUAACAAAUUACUGGGCAACAUCAAUGCAUUUUAUUCUAUGCGAGAGAAUAGUCCUUCAAUGUAUUACAUAAUAUCAAUCAGCAUGCUAUGCACCUUGGCAUGGAUGGCUUCUUCCAUAAACAACAUAUUCCUGUUGUACAUAUUUUCUACAGUUGUUCUACUAUGGCCUGGUAUUCAGCAGAGAGGAAUUUUCAACACACUUAUGUCAUUAAUCAAAAAAACACCAAAAAUUACUACUUUAAAAUCAGAUUAGUUACUAUCUGCAUUCAUGUUUUAAAAUUAGCUUUUUUAUUACAGCUAAAGCUUUAGGGUCUUAGACCUUAUGAUCUCUUUUUAUAUUUGUGAUAUUUAAAUAUUUUAGGCAGUUAAACCUUCAUCUACAAAAGUACCUAGAAAUUGUUCAGGUGUUAUUUAUGUAGUAGAGACUUUUAUAUGGUAAUGGCUGUAGUGUGUUAAUGUUUAUAUGAAAGAAUGCAUUCAAUAGCAAGUUUUUAAUAUUGUAUUAUAAAGUGAUGUAUGAACUGGUCAUUGUUUUAAGUUUAAGCUAAGCUUGUUCAUUGUGAGCUAUAAAUUAUUUUAUUUGGGUUAAAUAAAAAAUUUUACUAUAAUA